AUGGUUCUAGAGGCGCAUAAUGCGCACUUGGAGACUGAUGCAGGAAGGAAACUGGUGCAAGAACUGAGCUUGCUGACGAAGAAGCUGGGGCUGGCCUGGGUGCGCAAUCACAAGAUGCCCCUUUAUACACCUGAACACAGAAAGAAGCUCAGUGAUGCAAACGAGCUUGUGUGCUCAGGGCAGGGCUUGCAGAAGGAUCAUCUCGCAGUGUCAUUCGCAAAGCAUAUGCGGCACGUUUAUGGCGGCCCCACUUGCCUGAUAUCCAUUUGCACUGCCCUCACGAUGAGGCCAACAAGGUAG